AUGCUGAACAUAGUAAGAAAGUGGAAUUUAUUGUACCCAACAAUUGCUAUAUUUGUUUCAUUUGGUUUUCAUGAUUCCGUUUUCCGAUCCAUGCCUAAGCUUACUCUGAUUUUAACCACCGUAUUCACAUCACACGCUCCAGUCACAAUGUCAAUCUCAUCAUCCAAACAACCGUUUCUCGUAAUCAUCAUAAUCUUCUUCUUAUUGGGUCCCGGUCCAGGCCCAGUCAUCGCUCGUGAUGCCCACGUCAUCAAUUUCCGGUCACCGAAUCUGUACCCGGAAUCCCUUGCGUGGGACCCACUCGCGCAGCACUUCCUCCUCGGAUCCCUCCGCCAACGUAUCAUUGCAGCCGUCUCCGACGCUGGCAUUGUCGAAACCUUCAUCUACGACACCGACCUCCCCGACGGCACCUCCAUCCUCGGCCUCGCUGUCGAUGCUCCGCGCAACCGCCUCCUCGCUGUAGUACACUCGCAUCCUCCCCUCCCUCCGUUCAACGCCCUCGCUGCCUACGACCUUCGCUCCCGCCGCCGCCUCUUCCUCUCGCCACUCCCCUCCUCAGACAACGACGCUGCGAACGACGUCGCCGUCGACUACCGCGGCAAUGCCUUCGUCACCAACUCCGGCGGGAACUUUAUCUGGAAGGUCACCACGGACGGAUCCGCCUCGAUCUUCUCGGUAUCACCCAUUUAUUCGGCGGAGACAAACAAUCCGGCAGACAACGACUACUCUUCUCACAGUUCCCUAGGGCUCAACGGAAUCGCUUACGUGAGCAAGGGUUACCUCUUAGUGGUGCAAUCGAGCACCGGGAAGGUUUUCAAGGUAGACGCGGAAGACGGCGCGGCGAGGAAGGUGUUACUGGACGAGGACCUGGUGGGCGCCGAUGACAUCGCAGUGAGGGACGACGGGGCGGCGGUAGUGGUGUCACCAAUGAAGGAGCUGUGGUUGGUGAAGAGCAAAGAUAGUUGGGCGGAGGGAACGGUGUACGACAAGGUGGAGGUGAACGUGCGGCGGUUCCCGACAUCGGUGGUGAUGGGAGAUAAAGAGAGGGUGUAUGUGUUGUACGGACACGUGGAUGAAGGGAGGAAAGGGGAUUCGGGGAGAGAGAGUUUUGGAAUCGCUGAGUUGAGAUCCAAAAAGGAGAGCCAAGAAGAGAGUGUUUGGAUAUAUGUGGUCAUUGGUUUGGGUUUGGCUUAUUUUCUGUUUUGGAGGUUUCAGAUGGGUCAGCUUGUGAAGAACAUGGACAAGAUCAAUUGA